AUGUGCCAGUCACCUCAAAAGCGCAUGUAUUCAUGCUGUCUUUCCGCUUCGGUGUAUGACAAGAAGUUCAAGUUUAUGAAGCAAAGUCAGAAGUCAAUCAAGGUCAUGGAGAACUUCUUUUGCAUCUACUUCAGUGUCGAGUGGCUGAUUCGACUGCUUGCUUUCAAGUACAAGCGCAACUGCUUGCGAGACUCCUGGUUCGUUCUGGAUACGAUCCUGGUGCUGUUCAUGGUCACUGAGACUUGGGUCAUCACCCUUGUCGUUCUCCUGCUCGGCGGAGAUGCCUCGAGCAUCAGCAAUGUGGCCGUCAUCCGCAUCGCGCGAGUUUCUCGAAUCACCCGCAUGGCGCGCAUGGGGCGUCUGCUGAAGCUGAUGCCAGAGCUGUUGAUCCUGCUGAAGGGCAUCAGCGCGGCCGCUCGGCCAGUGGCCUUCACUUUGAUGCUGCUCUGCUGUGUGACCUACCUCUUCGGGAUCACCUUCAGGCAGAUCACGGAUGGCACGGCGGUUGGGUCGCAGUUCUUCCCAUCAGUCGUUGCUUCCAUGCACACGCUUUUACUCUACGGCACGCUGCUGGAUAACAUCAGUGAGGUGGUUCGUGAGUUGGAGGCAGAGAACGUCGCCCUGGUCGUAGUGUUCUACUUCUUUGUGCUGCUCGCUUCGCUGACCAUCACGAAUCUGCUGAUUGGCGUUCUCUGCGAGGUGGUGACGGCGGUGGCCGCCACCGAGAAGGAGCAGCUGACGGUCCAAUUUAUGAAGACGCAGCUCACCUCCAUCCUGGCAUCGAUCGGAGUCGAUCCGUCUGCGGAGGCGCCGGUAAUUUCCAAGGAGCACCUCACGAGGAUGCUGGACAAGCCAGAAGUUUGCCGGACCUUGACGGAGGUUGGUGUGGACGUUCUGGUUCUUGUCGACAACAUCGAGUUCAUCUUUGCACCGGAUCCGAUGGAUGAGGCAUUGGCCGAUGAUUGGAUCUAUUAG